CCUGUGUUGUUCCUGCCAUGACACAUCACACAGCCUCCUGUCUUAUAUUCUUAUUCCUUCUUGGUUUAUUUAAACAGAUGCAGCCUCACAUUUUUCUGUGAACUCUUCCUUUAACACCAUCACUGUGUUUCCCCUUUAAAAUCAGCCUGCUCUUUGUCCUGAGGCAUCAGGACUCAUGUGUCCCCACCUUGGAUGCCCCUGUUGUCCAGCAGAGCAUGAAUAACCCACCCCACGUCCCGGACAGCGCCCCCUGCAGGGACACCCGCCCCCCGCCCGGAGACUAUUUACCCAUCCCGUGACGUCACGGGGCCAGUUUCCCAGGAUUGCUGCGGGAAUCGGAGGCUGCAGGGCGGGGAGAGCGUGGCCCAGGCUGCCGGAGCGGACACCGAUCAUCUGGAGACACCCGGCGCGGCUGUGGCUGUGGACGUGCGCCUUUUUUAUUCAGGGAUUUACUUUAAAAGAUACAACACAAUUCACCCCCCCCACCCCACACAAAACAACGCGAGGAGACCCGGGAGUUAACACCCAGACGAGAGCCUUCAGAGCGGUGCGAUGGAGGAUGGGAAGCCGGUGUGGGCGCCCCACCCAACGGACGGGUUCCAGCUGGGGACCAUAGUGGACAUCGGAGCCGACAGCCUCACCAUCGAACCUCUCAAACAGAGGGGAAAGACAUUUUUGGCUCCCAUCAACCAGGUCUUCCCUGCAGAGGACGAUGUCAACAAACACGUGGAGGAUAACUGUUCUUUGAUGUACUUGAACGAAGCCACUCUGCUCAACAACGUUCGUGUGAGAUACAGCAAAGACAAAAUUUAUACGUUUGUAGCCAACAUCCUGAUCGCAGUCAACCCUUACUAUGACAUCCCAAAGCUUUACUCGCCAGAGACCAUCAAGCAGUACCAGGGCCGGUCUCUGGGCACGCUGCCGCCACACGUGUACGCCAUCGCUGAUAAAGCCUACAGGGACAUGAAGGUCCUGAAGAUGAGCCAGUCCAUCAUCGUCUCAGGGGAGUCUGGAGCCGGGAAGACUGAAAACACCAAGUUUGUGCUCAGAUACUUGACGACCUCGUAUGGAACAGGUCAGGACAUAGACGAGAGGAUAGUGGAAGCGAACCCUUUGCUGGAGGCUUUCGGAAACGCAAAAACCGUCCGGAACAACAACAGCAGUCGCUUUGGGAAGUUUGUGGAAAUCCACUUCAAUGAGAAGAACGCGGUGGUGGGCGGCUUCGUGUCGCACUACCUGCUGGAGAAGUCCAGGAUCUGCAGACAAAGCCCAGAGGAGAGAAACUACCACAUCUUCUACCGACUGUGCGCCGGAGCGCCCGAGGACAUCAGGCAGAAGUUUCACCUCAGCUCCCCGGACACGUUCAGGUACCUGAACAGAGGAUGCACUCGCUUCUUUGCCUCCAAAGACACAGACAAACAGAUCCUGCAGAACCGCAAGAGCCCAGAGCACAUGAAGUCGGGCCCUCUGAAGGACCCGCUGCUGGACGACCACGGCGACUUCAACAGGAUGUGCGUGGCCAUGAAGAAGAUCGGCCUGGACGACACGGAGAAGCUGGACCUGUUCAGGGUGGUGGCCGGCGUGCUGCACCUCGGAAACAUCGACUUCGAGGAGGCUGGAAGCACAUCAGGCGGCUGCGCCAUCAAGAACCAGUCCAGUCAGACUCUGGAGCACUGCGCCGAGCUGCUGGGCCUGGAGGAAGAGGACCUGAGAGUCAGCCUCACCACCAGGGUCAUGCUCACAACAGCAGGGGGCGCCAAAGGAACAGUCAUCAAAGUGCCGCUGAAAGUCGAGCAGGCCAACAACGCCCGGGACGCCCUGGCGAAGGCCGUGUACAGCCGUCUGUUCGACCACGUGGUGACCAGGGUUAACCAGUGCUUCCCCUUCGACUCCUCCGCCAACUUCAUCGGCGUCCUGGACAUCGCUGGUUUUGAGUACUUUGAACACAACAGCUUCGAGCAAUUCUGCAUCAACUACUGUAACGAGAAACUGCAGCAGUUCUUCAAUGAGCGCAUCCUGAAAGAGGAGCAAGAGCUGUACCAGAGGGAGGGGCUCGGAGUCAACGAGGUUCACUAUGUCGACAAUCAGGACUGCAUAAACCUGGUGGAGGCCAAGCUGGUCGGCAUCCUGGACAUCCUGGACGAAGAGAACCGACUACCUCAACCCAGCGACCAGCACUUUACCGACACCGUUCACAACAAACACAAGGACCACUUCCGGCUGACGGUGCCCAGGAAGUCUAAGCUGGCCGUCCACAGGAACGUGAGGGACGAUGAAGGAUUUAUUAUCAGGCACUUUGCAGGAGCCGUGUGCUACGAGACGACCAAGUUUGUGGAGAAGAACAACGAUGCCCUGCACAUGUCUCUGGAGUGUCUGGUCAGCGAGUCCAAGGACCGCUUCGUCCGUGAACUGUUCGAAAACUCCAACAACAGCAAAGACGUCAAGCAGAAGGCGGGAAAACUCAGCUUCAUCAGCGUCGGCAACAAGUUUAAGACCCAGCUGAAUAUUCUUCUGGAAAAGCUCCGCAGCACGGGCUCCAGUUUCAUUCGCUGCAUUAAGCCAAACCUGAAGAUGGUCAGCCACCAGUUUGAAGGAGCUCAGAUUCUCUCCCAGCUGCAGUGCUCCGGUAUGGUGUCAGUGCUGGACCUGAUGCAGGGUGGUUUCCCCUCCAGAGCUCCCUUCCAUGAGCUCUACAACAUGUACCAGAAGUACAUGCCUCCCAAACUCACCCGACUCGACCCGCGCCUCUUCUGCAAGGCUUUAUUCAAAGCCCUGGGACUGAAUGAGAAUGACUACAAGUUCGGUCUGACCAGAGUGUUUUUCCGGCCCGGGAAGUUUGCAGAGUUUGACCAGAUCAUGAAGUCGGACCCAGACCACCUGGCAGAGCUGGUGAAGAAGGUCAACAAGUGGCUCAUCCACAGCCGGUGGAAGAAGGUCCAGUGGUGCGCUCUGUCCGUCAUCAAAUUGAAGAACAAGAUUUUGUACCGGACCGGCGCCUGUAUCAAGAUGCAAAAGACAGUUCGGAUGUGGCUCUGCAGGAAGAAGCACAAGCCCAGGAUCGACGGGUUAGUGAAGGUGCGUAACCUGAAGAAGAGGAUGGGUCGCUUCAACGAGGUGGUGGCCGGGCUGAAGGAGGGCAAACAGGAGAUGAGCAGGCAGAUCCAGGAGCUGGAGGCCGCCAUCGACACCCUGAUGGUCAAAAUCAAGAGCACCAUCAUGAGCCGAAUCGAUAUCGACCACGAGUACCAGGCCCUGGUGACCCGGUCGGAGCAGCUGCUGACGGCAAUGCAGAACAAGAAGAAGGAGGAGGAGGAGAGGGAGCGACUCCGACGCAUCCAGGAGGAGAUGGAGAGGGAGAGGAAGAGGAGGGAGGAGGAUGAGCAGCGCCGCAAGCAGGAGGAGGAGGACAGGCGACUGAAAGCGGAGAUGGAGCUGAAGAGGAAGCAGGAAGAGGAGGAGAGGAAGAGGAGGGAGGAGGAGGAGAGGAGGCUUCAGAUGGAGAUGGAGCUGCAGCUGCAGGCGGAGCGGGAGGAGGAGGCGGCUCGGCAGGCCGUCCUGGAGCAGGAGAGGAGGGACAGGGAGCUGGCGCUGAGGAUCGCCCAGAGCGAGGCUGAGCUCAUCCCAGAGGAGGUUCAGAUCGACUCGGGCCUGCGCAGCAACGGCUCCUCAGUUCCAUCGUCCCCAGAGAGAGCAGCCGCUGCUGGAACCACAAAGCUCAAGAGUUUGACCAUGGAAGAAAUGGCGAAGGAAAUGACUGAACUUCUGGCUCGAGGUCCACAGGUCCAGGCCUCCAAGGCUGCCGCCGGCGCCAAGAAGUAUGAGCUGAGCAAGUGGAAGUACGCUGAGCUGCGGGACGCCAUCAAUACCUCAUGUGACAUCGAGCUUCUGGCCGCCUGCAGGGAGGAGUUUCACCGCCGGCUCAAAGUUUACCACGCCUGGAAGUCAAAGAACAAGAAGAGAAACACUGACACGGAGCAGAGAGCGCCGAAAUCUGUCACCGACUACGAUCAUGCACCUCCUGUGAGAAAAGCAUCUCAGCAGAACCCAGCCCCGCCCAUACCGGCCCGGCAGUACGAGGUGGCGAUGAACCGGCAGCAGCGCUACUUCCGCAUCCCAUUCAUCCGGCCGGGCGACCAGUACAAAGACCCUCAGAACAAGAAGAAGGGCUGGUGGUACGCUCACUUCGACGGGCCCUGGAUCGCCAGGCAGAUGGAGCUGCAUCCCGAUAAACACCCCAUCCUGCUGGUGGCAGGAAAGGACGACAUGGAGAUGUGCGAGCUAAGCCUAGAGGAGACGGGCCUGUCAAGGAAGAGAGGAGCGGAGAUCCUUCCCCGGCAGUUUGAGGAAAUCUGGGAGCGCUGUGGGGGUAUCCAGUAUCUCCGCAGCGCCAUCGAGAGCCGACAGGCCCGACCCACCUAUGCCACGGCCAUGCUGCAGAGCAUGUUUAAGUGACAGAGCCAGGCGCUUCACACCGCAAACAAAGGGACGAAUGCACCAGCUACCUAACACGGAUGGUGUCUGAGCGCUCUGCACCAGGUUCUGACUGUAGGGAAUUCAUGUGAACAGCGAUUUUUCUCAACUGUCUCUUUGUUUUUCUUUUGUCAUUAAGUUUUUGUUCUUGCUGGCUUUCAGUUCCUCGAUAGGGGCGAGGGCAGGGAAGUUUUGCAUUGAACGCUAUGCAGAAAAAUCAUAUUAAAUGAUCACAUCCGGUUGUUUUCCCAAGGAAUUCUGUUCUUCGUAACAUUUCUGCAAGUCUAACUACGAGGCCUUAAUACUACUUUAACAGGGUUUAAUAGCCAGAAGUAGGACUUCUUUUUUUUUGUUCAAAGCUGCCUCCCUAAACAAGUAAACUUUUAAUUCCUCUGUAAUUAUGCAUUCCUUAUUAUUACACUGAAGUUUCACUGGUGUGUCGCUUCCAUCUUAACAGCUAGCUGGUGAUCCCUCUCCAACUCUCCAACUUAAACCCUGCUGUUUACAUUGUCUUCAUGUGGUUCUUACAGGGCAAAAAAAAACUUGCACAAGGAGUUGUGAGCUCUCACCGUGAGGCAGUGCUGCAUGAGUGUCAGAUUAUUCCUCCUGACUGCACUCAUCAUUAAAUCCAAUAUUUGCUAAUACUUUUUUAAUUUUACCUUUUGUCUUUCCAACCGAAUGUAAUUUGAGACCUCGUUGAUUUGUUAAUGUAGUGAUUCCUUCUUUCUUCUCAUUAUGUGUGAUUUAAUGUGUAAAGCUAAUGAGUAAGGUCCAAAAAACAUUUGACUUUGAGACCAAACGUUGCUCUAGACAUGAAGCCCUCGUUGGGUUUUUUUUUUUUUUUGGUCAGAGCAGUAAUUAAGCUCCAUGAUUAGUUUUUGUCUGGGUUUAUCAAGCAAAGAAGAAAAUGUGAAUUGAUUAAUUAUGCAACUGCUGAGAUGCAACUCCAUGUGUUGCUGCUGUUUGAGAGCAGAUCAGUGCUGCAAAAAAUAUCCUCAACAAGUCAUUCAUUGCAUCUUUAGUCUUUAAAUUUGAUCUUUUUACACAAGGAAACAUAAUUUGCCAACGCAGUGAUUCCCAAGGUAGUUUGACAUGUUUUUCAUUGACAUAGUCUAUUAAAUAUUAAAUCUCCAUUUGGCUGUUUGUUUAAUAAAGUCGCCUGAUUCCAGAAGAUGUUAACAAGUUUUAAGAUCUUAUGUCACAUUGGACAUUUUUCUGCUGUGUAAGAAGCUAGUUGGACAUGUCAUUAACUCUGGACAAUGCACUGUAUUCAGCCUUGAACUGGAACAUUCACUGACACUGAAAUAUUUUCUAUACACCAAGUACAGUAUGUGCAGCCAACGGUGAUAUUCCUACCGGAAUGUAAAAGUUUAUUUUUGAAGGAACAAUUUCUACUUCAGUGGCUUGGGGCAUGUGAGAUCGUUAAGAGAAGCAAUAAAUCACGCAAACUAAGCUAAGAGAUAAACCAGGCCUCCUUUGUCGUAUAUAUAAACAAUUUAAAGACAAUCUGCUGUGAUGUCACACCUGUGCUAUUCACCUGAAGCUGCUGAGUUUGAGCUUUCUGUUUCUUUUGAGGUGCAAGAAACAGGUGACUUGUAUUGUCUGAAAGCAUUAAGAUCUGUCCUGUUGCAAAGUAUCUGAUCCCCUUUACAAAAGGCAUUAACACAAAGCAGAGCAACUUCGAAUCAAUAAAUCAAUCCACGAUGCGCUGAAAGUCUGAUACUCCAACUAACACUGACAGCAAACACAGAGGGCUCUGAUGUGGUUUUUUACAUGUCAAGGUUUCAUAUAACAACUGUUUCCACAUAUUGGAAUAACUGUAUUAUAUUUAGCAGGUCCAACUAGAUGUUAAAUGUAGUAAAUGAAACACUGUGAAAGCAUUUGUCAUAUGUAACCUUGCCUUUUAAAAGCCUUUAAAUCUGUCAGUCCAGUCCAGCCUAGAUUCUACACAUCACUGAACCUUUAAAACACCAAAGCCAUGCUUCAUGGAUAUACUUUAACUUUAGGACUGGUUUCACAAAGACAAUUAUCCAUUUGUUAGGUCUCAGCUGAAGUCUAAGACUAAAUUCUCGAUUCUGUAGAUCCACCUGGGUUCCACCAAAUUCGAGUUGUGUUGUUUCUUUCUAUCAGAAAUGCCCACACAAAAGAUAGGUGAAUGAAUCUUAAACACACUGCCAGUCGAGCAGACUCACCACAGUCGUCGCCUCGCCAACAACAGCUGACUCCGAAACAUCAUCACCAGUGCUUUGUCUUUGGUUUCCCCGUCUCCUGCUUCAGUUGAUGCUACCUGUAACAUCAAACACAUGCAGCAUAAAGACUGGAGAAAGAUCAGCUCAGGUUCAGACAUAGUGACAUUUUCAAAGUCUUGAACUGCAUUUUAAAAUUAGAGUUUGGUUUGAAUUGGAUCAUGAGGGGUUGAAUUCCUUGUUAUGGAGCAUAAAUGAAGUUUCGGCAAAUACUGGACCUGAAUAUCUUGUCCAAAACUGUUUGCAUGUUAAUGCCAAGUGUAAAGGGGCCACGUUCUGAGCUUUGCCUGACAAAGACCUCAGUAUUGGUUUUGACGCCAGAGUGACGACCUUGAGAUAUUUCUGAAAAUGUAAAAGAAAAUGUCCUACAUUUGCUACGAUCUGUUUCUCUCCACACAUUACAAUCAUUCCUCGGGAAGCACUGCCUUUGUCCACUGUCAUUUUUCUAACGCUGAUCUCUAACGGAUGAAUAAAUGCAUUCCAUGUUUCACUCA